AUGUCAAGCAGUCCAUCACUGAGCGACGGCGUCAAUGUAAUCAACUUCGACCGUGAUUCAGUCACUGUAAAUGAUGGGGAAGUAGACUGUGUACCGACCUACUGCAAAAAUGGUGGGACUUGUGAGGUGUCUGGAAACUUCCCUCAAGUUUCGUAUACGUGCAGCUGUCAAGCUUCAUAUACAGGGGAACGUUGUGAGACGGAUGUCCAAGAGCCUGAUGGUGGCAGUCUAUCAACCGUCACUGUUGUACUCAUCAUUGUUGGUUGCAUUGUGCUGCUUAUCGUUGUGGUGUGCAUGCUGGUCUGCAUGUGUCUCCUCAUUCAGAGGCAACACGCCAAGUCGCUGGCUUAUCGUGAGGACAGACAGCGGUCUGGUGUGCGAAGAGAAAGCAGGAGUAUUUUCGAUAACUACGGUGAUCGGAGCACGGAGUCUGUUGAUGUCUCCUGCAUGGCAGACUUCGAUGAUGAGGCGGUUAGGAUGAGGCGUUUGAUGCACGUGAUGGGCCGGUCUCGCUACUUGCAAGAGAACUUGUCUGCUCGAGAGGAGUUUGUCCUACCCUACAUGGCUAGUGGAAUUGAAGGGCCGUAUCGUGAGGAUGAUUCCGUCAACCCAGCAGGUCGUGUGGUGCGCAAUCCCAUGGUCAACUAGACGCCCCAUCCGUUCACUGCACGUUAACAGCGUUUUGGUAAACCCGAAUGGAACACAUUUCCUACAUUAGUGUUACUUGUAUUCCUUCGAUACUAGAUACCAGGUAUUUUAAACUGGAAGAUUAAAAUUAAUGCAAGGAAUUAUUUCAUGACUUUGCGUUAAACAUUUCAAGAAACGUUUCAUA